GGCAUGCGUGUUUUUGCUCGGGGUCAGACCAUUUAUGAUCAUAUCGUAACAACAAUGAAAAUUGUGUGUUCCGAUUUUCGUAAUGGCAUCGUAUUUCAAAUAACCGCCAAACUUCUAAUGUUUUAGUGUGUGUUUGUGUUGUCAAAUAUGAUUUGUAUCAUUUUAAAAAUAUAUCUCAUAUUAUCAAACAACAGUCUGAUGGGCGUUUAUAUUCAUCCUGCAGUGUGAGUUUGCAUGUAAAAUCAGUAAUUGAAUGCAUUGAGUUUUGCAGCCCAUCUGGACUGAGCGAAGAAUGAAAGCUACUCGGAAUUGUUAUCCAAAUCAUUCAAAAACUGUUUCUGACAAGGUAAAAAGGAGGUAUUUGAGUGUUAAGUGCUUGCAGAGUAUUCCGGAGUUACAGAAAUUGUGCAAUAAUAUGGGUGUAAUUUUUAAUAAUUCCGUGGCAGAUGUGACAUAUGAAGUAGACAUGCUUAUAACAGACAAAGUAACUGAGGAUGGAACAAAGUAUUAUUUAGUUAAAUGGUUAAAUUAUACUUUGGACCAGAGUACUUGGGAACCUCUACCACAUCUUAUUGGAUGUAAAGAAUUGAUCGAGUAUUAUGAAGCUAUUAGAAGAUCGUCUGUAGAAAUUAGCAGGAAAAUCCUGAAAUUUUUUAUGAAUGAAGUUACUACACGCAAGCCCUGUGAUAUUUUGAUUCUUACAAAACUGUGUGCAUUAGUAGCUGAUAGCCCUGAAACAUUUGUAAGACGAUUAAAGCUGUCUCCUUCGCAAUUAAAAACUAAAGCAAAAGAGAUUCUUUACAUGCCAAACUGUGAACUGUGCCGAAUGUCUAGUGCUUUGGUACAAAUUAUGUUAUUGUAUGAAUGUAGGAAGGUUGUUUUAGUUAAGAUUGCAGAAUGGGAAACCAGUAUUAAUUCCCUUAAUCCUACUGCAUUUAUAAAAGUUGAAAAUGAUGUUGAUCUAGAAGAACCUCCAGUGGAUUUUCAGUUUAUCCAUGAUUACAUAUCUUUAAAUGCUGACAUCCAUAGAGAGCCUCUUGCGUUUUGCUGCUGUGAUAACUGCUAUGAUAAUCGUCAUUCCUGUUGUCCUAAAGAUUCGGAUGGACGUUUUGCUUACGAUAGGUUUCGUCGAUUAAUGUUACUUCCAGGUUAUCCUAUCUAUGAAUGUAACAAAUUGUGCAAGUGCCCUCCUACUUGUGUCAACCGGGUAGUUCAGCAUGGUCAAAAGGUGAAAGUUGCUAUUUUUAGGACUUCAAAUGGCUGUGGCUGGGGUCUAAAAAGUCUUGAACCUAUUCCAAAAGAUCAGUUUGUUCUGGAGUACUUAGGUGAAGUAAUUACCUCUGAAGAUGCGGAAGCUCGUGCAGAAACUUAUGAUCACAUAAACAGAACUUACCUGUUUGAUCUUGAUUAUGAUAAUGAUUCCUGUACUUACACUGUUGAUGCACGGCAUGUUGGAAAUGCAUCGCAUUUCAUUAAUCAUUCGUGUGAUCCAAAUCUUCAUGUGUUUGCUGUCUGGAUUAAUCAGCCAGAUCCAAAACUGCCACGACUUGCAUUUUUUGCUAAGAGGAAAAUUCUUCGUGGGGAAGAACUGACAUUUGACUACAAAAUGCUUAAGAAUUGUGAUAAAUAUGAGAAAUCGGAUCCCAGCUGUACCCCUUUCCGAGUAUUAUGCAAAUGCAAUUCAAAAAAUUGCAAAAAGUACUUGUGUUAAAAGAUCUUCAUCAUUUUUCUGUGAAAAAAAAUUUUAAGUCAUUUUGUGUUUGCUUCAGUGUAAGUUUUUAGUUAUAUAAGUUUUGGUUGAUACUUUUUAUGCAAGUUUUAACGUCAGAUGUAUUCUAGUGAGCUUAGUUGUUUUCCAGUUAAAUAUCUGAAUGCUGCUUUGUAAAGCUCAAAAUCUGUACAUAUGAAUUUCAGUUUUGUAUUGUGUUUUACAAUGUAAUGGAUAUUAAGUACAUAUGAAUUUUUGUUUUAUCUAUUAAGGUAGGUGUAAUACUUGUAGAUGCAUAUAAAAUCCAUAAAAUGAAUGUUCACAGUCCUGUUGGUCACUAUAACUUCUUCAUUUUCAUACUAAUAGAAUGUGAUUCAUAUGUUUGGAAACUUCAAUUUAGUAAUUUAAAAAAUUGUAAUUGUUUUGUUUCACUGUAUUACAUUUUGUAAUUUCGUUAUUUAUCAGUGUAAUGCUUUAUAACUGGCCAUGUUUAGAAUAAAGAAUGUUAUGGACAGUU